ACCGCGCGGCCCCAGCCAGUCUGUGUGUGGCGGUGGUGAGGCUCAGUGGUGGCGAGCGACGCGCGGCAGUGCUGGUGAUGAGCACCGCGCCGACCAGUGUGUGAGUGAGCGUCAUGUUGACCGCCCUUCAAGGGGGGCUGUACACCGCCCCCUCACGCCCCCUGCCGCCCAUGGUGUCUCCUGCAGGGGCGGCGGCCCCCGCGCCCCGCCCACGCUCCCACCAGCGGCAGCAGUUCUGCGAUGCGUGCAACACGGCCUGCGUCUUCAUGAAUAGCCGCCGCCGCAAGUUCCAGGCGCGCUACGAGGGCUACGUGCUGCUCAAGCGGGUGUCCACGGCGGCCUGGCGGCCCAGCCUGCCCUACGUCAUGAUGGGCGGCCCCCCGCCCGCCCACGCCCGGAGACACUCCUCCGACAGCGUGCUGGACGACGAGGCCGAGGAGGAGCCCUGCCCCGCCCCGCCCUCCCAGCCCUCCCCGGGCCUCGCCUCGCCCCCCGCCGCCUAUUACAGGUCCCUGUCCCAGGGGGAUUGGCGCCCCCCCGCCGAGGGAGAGGCCUCGCCCCCCUGGGAGAAGAUGGUUAAUCUCGAGGAGACCGGGCCCCUGACGCCCCCAACACCGCCCACGCCGCCCACGCCGCCCGCCCAGUCCCCUGCCGAGGCCGCGGGCCGUAAGUCGCGCCGCCACUCCGCCAUGCUGGAGCGGCUGGCCGGCGGGCACCAGCGGCUGUGCCGCAAGAAGUCCCGCUCGCAGGACAACCUGGGCUCUGCGGGCGGCGUGGGCGGGGGGCACCCGCGCCUCAACAACACCAUCAUCCCGCCGCCCGCCGCCCUCACCUCCGCCCUCUCGCGCUCCGAGGGCAGCAUCCACAACGUGCACGGCGUGCUGUCCGCCGCGCCCGGCUGCAUGAUGGACGACGCGGGCGUGGGCGCGGGCGGGCUGCGGGCCGAGGUGGGCGAGCUGGCGCGGCUGCCCAAGCGGCUGCUGCACCGCGUCACGGGCGAGGUGGGCCAGCUGGUGUUCGACCUGGAGGGGUGGCGGGAGGAGUACCUCGUCCUCACCCACGCCGCCCUCGCCGCUAGAUCGGUCAGUUUACAGUAUGACGACUCGGGGAAGAGCGUGAUAGCCACGGGCGCCCUCGAGACUCUGGUGCAGUACUCCCAGAUUGAGGACGUGCACGUGGUGGUCCCCUGCGGCGCAUCGGGGCACAAGUUCUGCGUGAGAGUCGUGGUUCGGGACGGCGCGCUGCUGCUGCAAGCUAACAACUCGUACACGCGGGACCAGUGGCUUCACUCGAUAAUAUGGAAGAAAAACGUCUUUAAGUACAGAAACGUUUUACAGACAGCGCAGAGACCGGAAGUGCUCCUGAAAGAACUGAAGAACCUGGUGGAGCUGUCGCUGUCCACGCCGCUCCACGACCAUUCCGUGUGCCGUGUGCCGCUCGAACUCGCCUCCAACAUCCUGACCACGGGCGAGAAAUGGCUAAGUCGUCAGAUCACAGAGGAGAUCAUCGUGACCCUCGCCCCGCUGCUCGAGAACAACCAACCCUCGCCGGAGAUCUGCCAGUUCUUCUCGCAGCACUGCACGGACAACCCCCGAUCCUGCCUCGUCAUCGACAUGUUCACGCCCAUCAUCAAGCGAAUCCUCAAGCACAAUGUGGUGAGGGGGGUGGGGCUAACCGGGGCCGUCUCGGGGUCAGAGCAAGUCGCCAUUGGUAUAGCUUUUGGGGCGAGCGAAGAGGUGUGUUGCGAGGACUUCGGCAAAUAUCCAUAUGUGCGGCGCUUCGUUCAAGACUACAUGCAGGCGUUGAACAGCCAGAACGACGGACGCAGGGUUGUGCACGAGUUUGUGGACGGGAUGCACGGGCCGACCAGCACUUGCCCUCACCUGCGCGUCCUCCCGAACCUCGUCGCUACCUGCACCUCCGCCGUAUGCGUGUUGGUGGCCGAGCAGAAGGACCAGGAGCGCCUCAACUCUAUUACCAGGAACUCCGAGGACAUCACCCAUCACCUGCAUUGUUACCUGAGUGUGCUGAAUAAGAUCUGUGAGUACGAUGACUGGAGACCCGGCCUGGCCCAGCUCCUGCAGCCGAUCCCCUUCCCCGACGAGGCGCUGGCGGACGAGGAGUUCAUCAGAGAGAUCAUGCCUGUCAUUGAGAAGAUCGGAACGGACCCGCGCUGUGAGGUCCACCAGAUGGUUCUCGGGACACGGGAGGACAAGGAGGGAUGGUUCAACGUCCUUUGCCCCUCCUCCCUUGCCUGUGUGGACGAGGGCAUUGUUUGGGCGUCCAUACUUCAGACGCUCAUCUCGUGCUGCUGCAAGAGAAAGAAGUUCCUGGGGAUGCUGGCAAAGUCCCUGGGUGCCUGUAUGCUGCUGGCCCUGCGCGGGAACAACACAGCUCAGGAGGUGUUGUGUUUGAUGCUUGAAUGGAAGCUCAUCGAUGGGGCCGACCAGAGCCUGCAGGUGGUGACGACGCUGCAGUCCACACCCUCAGGCAAGCGCCACUACCAGGGACUGUGUGAGCGGCAGAUGCACCUCCGGGAGCUGCAGCAGAAGGGCGGCCCCAGGAAGCUGACCCUGCCGAGCCGCAGCACCGACGCCGACGUGAACCGCAUGCUGUCCUCCGGCUCCUUCGGUAACCUGGAGUGCCUGUCGCUGGCCUUCACGCGUGUCACCAGUGCCUGCGCCGAACAGCUCAUCAAGCUGCCCACGCUACGCUACCUCAACCUCUGGGCCACUCAGUUUGGUGAUGUUGGCCUCCAGCUUAUAUCAGAACACCUCCACAAGCUGCAGGUCCUCAACUUGUGCGAGACUCCCGUCACAGACAAAGGUCUUGAGGCCCUGGCAGCCGUCAAGAGUCUGAGGCGCCUCAACCUGAACAGCACGAGUCUGUCUGUUCAGACGUUUGAGACGCUGAAGGAGACUCUGCCUGGUCUCCUGGAGGUGGACGUGCGCUACACAGAUGCUUGGUGACCCUCGCCUCCAUCUGCUGACCAGCCAGACGUCAGCAGAUCACCCGGAGGCCCCACUGCAUUCCUGCGCCGCGUGCUGAACCAGCUCGGGCGGCGGCGGCGCGACCGAAAGUCACAGGAGCUGAACGGCGAGCAGAAUAACACCCGAGCAGAGUGUGCCUGUCUGCCGCGGGGCGGUGGCCUGACCCGCCGGAACGUGCUGGUGCGCGCCAAGAGCGAAGAGCAGACCACCGUGCAGCGGCGGCGGCAGCUGGUGAGGGCGGCCAGCGAGGACCACCACACCCGCUGCCCUGCCCCGCCCACGCGCCCGCCCUCCCCGCCGCAGCCCAAACCAAAGAACCUGCUCACCCGCGCCAAGAGUGAGGAGCAGCAGGGCGCCGCACGCUGCCAGCUGCUGCGCGCCAACAGUGACGGCCGCAGGUACAAGGUGAGCAACCUGCAGCGCCAGGCGGCCCAGGAUGGCGCCUCGCUGGCCUAGUGGCAGCGACGCGGCGGCUCGUGGCACACACAUGGAUGACGGAUGUGACGUCUUGGGCAGCAGGAAAGUGUUUUCAGACGGAGACAAAAAGAACUGAAGAAAAUGUUACUUUACUUUGCUCCAGUAAUACUGUAAAAAGCUUUAAUUUAAUGUCAUUGUUCAGCAUAAAGACACGUGCAUUUGUAUUCUGUAUACGCAUAAACUGUGACACCUGUGAGCACAGACCUGUGAGGGGACGUGCAGUGAUGCCCAAGUGUCGGGUAAAGCGAGUGUGGUGGCAACACCCCACCGUGGCCGGGGUGAAGAACACUCGCCUGAGCCGGGCUGCUGCUGAGGGAAGGGAGUGUUGGCAGGGGUCAUGAGUCUCCACCCUGCAAGUCAAGAUCUGUCAGAGGCCGCGUGACCCGGAGUAACGGGGUCAAAAGUUUGUGGUGGUGCUCAAACACAACCUCUGUGCCCAGACAUGACCAAAGAGUGUGUGUGUGUGAGAGUGUUUGGCCCACAGACAGGACUGUUGUGAGGGCCGAGGUGUGCAGUGAUGCUUGGCAUUAUGACCACAUAAUUCUGUAUUUAUUUUCAACGUGGACGAGUCGCUGGCGCACACAUCUCUGUGCAGGACCUGCUGCCGAGAGCAACUCACACGCACUGUUGUAAUUUAUUAUCAACACUUGUUAUUUAAAAAUACUAUUAUUGAUGUGGAUGAAGUUGGGUCUCAUUAACAAUGUCCUUUCUAGAGAAUAUCUUGUCAAUUCUUUUGCCAAGAUUAGUGAGUCAUCUUUUCUACCUGUAGCAAGAGGUAAAUACCAACACUGGCAUCACCAGGAUUGACAUGGUACAAGAACUCUAUUUGAGUGACCAGUGGCAGGCAGAAGGACACACCAGAGUAGUUCCAUGCACUCAAGGUUAAUGGAGUGCCGUGCUGUCAGAAAGUUAACUACUACUCACACACUACCAGCUUCAAGUGCCAUACUGUAGAGCGAGUCACUGCACCGCCACCUUGGAGAGAAUGUGUGUGUGUCUGCGUGAAUGUGUGUGUGUGUCAUGUCAGUGUGUAGCCUGACUCAACUGUGUGCAUGGGAGGGUGAAUCAACUCGUGUGCUUUCCAGGGCUAUUUAUUCUUCAUUAAGUGCCAAGUAGUGAAGGAAGGGACAGUGUAGUGGACAGUUCAGUGAAGGAGGGGACAGUGCUGUGCGUGGCAGGAGUCGCGGGACAUAAGGUUUGAGUGUCAGGGUAACGAGGCAUUUAAUUCUUUCUAUGUAACUAGUUGGCAAAUGAGCCGGAUCAGGUCUGGUCUGCAUUUAAGGCGUUUUGGUGUUUCUGAGAGAUAGUUUGAGUAGAUAAAUGAUAGUAAAACACAUGAUACUGUAUGCUGUCACUGAGAGAUGGUGGACAUGUGUGUGUGUGUGUUUGGCAGAGGUGGGCAAGUGCGGUACUUAGUGCUGUGGUACCGCAUCACAAAAAAAGUACCGCACUACCGGAAAAUUUCUGAAAAUACCACACUACUGCGGACUGCACUAAAAAAUCCUGCGGUACUUUAAAAACUAUGAAAGACGACAUUUGCAGCAUGGCAUGCUCACCAAUUUUUUUAUUUUUUUUUUACAGUGAAUUGGACUCAAUCGGUAUCAGUCAUCAGAAUCUGUGAUUCAGUCAUUCUGACUUUUCAGUUAUUGUUCAAAAUUAAAUUCAAGACAGACAGACUACACUACUACCCUGCGAGUCUUCUUUAACCUGCGCGGUGCCGGAUAUUUCAACCCCGGGCCCGUCCGUGGUGACGGCAGAUUUUUAUUUUUCUAAGCAGGUUUCCUUUUUUGGAUAGUCACUGAAGUAUCUUUUAUUUUGACUACUGCUACCACAGUACCGCACACCGCGUACCACAUUGGGAAAGAAAAAAAUGGGACCGCACUACUGAUUUCUCAGUACUGCGCCCACCUCUGGUGUUUGGUGCAGUCCUCCCUACAACUGCCACCCUCAAGAGUAUAUAUGUGUGUGUGUGUGUGUGUGAAUGAAUGAAAAGAAAGGAUGAGUAAUUGAAAGUUGAAUUGUGGAUCUUUUACACUACAUCUAAAUAUUUUGCUUUCUGCCACUAUUUCCUCUACGUUAGUGCAGAGGGAAGAAGGGACGAGGAGUGACCAAGGAUGAACGGCCCACAAAUGCACCCACAUUUACUACAUUUACAUCCACACCAAAAAUUUUACACGUUAGCUUAGUUGUGUUACCAAAGCCUCAAGUGUGCCGAGGAUAUGAGAGACUUUACCUGUAUUGCUGGAUUGUAGUUUUCCUCAUUGCUGUGUUCCUUCUCAGUGUUGUGGGAGAAUUUCAAGACUUCUUGUUCUUUAUGACUUGGGGUGUCUGACAUGCAUUCUGUUGGAAAAAAUGUUCCGAUGUGACGUGGUGUUAUUGCUUUUACGUGUCGAGUCGUUCAGAUUUCAGUAAACUGUGACUGGAGAGAUUUGUUCCUUGGACGCAUGAAACUUUGUGACAGGCGGGGAGGAGGUGUGGGGCAGGGGAGGAGCAGUGUGUGUGAGAGGCAGGUGUGUUGAGGUGUGGUGAUGCAGACAGGUGAGGCUUGUUAGUGGCCAAGGAUAAAAACAACUUCCUAGGAAGUUACUUAAAAAAAAAAAAAAAUUCUGUGUCGUAAGUGAUGAUGUUCCCACAUCAUCUCUGCAAGACACAUCAAAGCCUGUCGGCACUUGUCUCCACCGCAAGAUCCACAGUGAUGUAUCUUGGAUUAACUAUAAAUUGGGCAUUUUCUAUGGAAAUACUAGUGCAUGUAUUUAGUCAUUUUUUUAAUUUGUGCAGUACUACCAAUUACUCCCUAUUCAGUAGUCUUUCAGUUAGUCUGAAGCAGCUUGGACGGUGUUGUGGGGGGAGAAGGGGGGGGGGGGGGCAGGCUGUGGGCUGUGCUGUUGUGCUGUGCUCCACAGACACACACAUCCGCAGGCCACAGAUGCAGGGCACUAAAUGGAUUCCAUUUUGUAUAUUCCUGAUAAACUGUGUGGGCGGAAAGCCUUCACAUCAGUGUAACCUUAUAUAAAGGUAAGGAAGGUGUACAGUGUAAAACUGCUAUGAUUAUGUUUGUUCUUAUGCCCCGAGGGGGAGGGAGGCUGCCCCAGCCGGUGUGGGCGUCACUGCUCACUGACCUCAUGCUAACCAGCACCUGCACCACACAGCACUGCGCUGCUGCACACACUGUGCUGGCAGCAGCUUGGCUGGUCAGUCAACUUGAGUGGGUGGUUCUUUGUUUUGUCAAGGGUGUCAGAAAGGAAUGAAUAACCUGUUGAGGAGGAACAACUACACCCAUUGUUUAGCUGACAUUGUCCGCAGAAUGUUCUGUGGGGAGAAUGGAAUGCUGAAGAGUGUGACAAAAAUGAACUAAUUAAGACAGGUUGGUUAGCACGGCACGUUGCCCUCAUGGCACUAUUUAUGAACCUGCCGGAGGGCCGAGCUGCCAGGCCUGGGGUGGCGGCAGCCUCUGUAUACAUAUAAAUAUAUAAAUAAACCGUAUAAAUACUAUAUAUAUAUAUUAAGCCUUAAUACAAUAUUUAUACAACUUCUACUCUUCUAAGUCUGUACAUGUUUGUUUGUUUGUUUGCGUUGUAGCGGCGGGGAGAGACAAACCACCUCACGGGCGGGGCGACGACACUUUUGUAGAGCGAAUCAAAACUUUGGUUGGGGUGAAAUCACAGCCGUUUGCCGUCCCCGGGUCGUCUGUGUGUGUGUUGCCAGUCUGAUACAUGCUUUAUGUGAAUGAAAAUUUCCAUGUAA